AUGUCAAACUCGAGGCAAACCUUUGCCCGUAUAAAGAGUAUACGCAAUGACGAUCUCCCAGCUAUUCCUCCUCCAAUCUCCAUGCUGGACCUCUAUUGGACGAUCGCUGCGUCUGCAGCCGGUGCUUUUUUGCUGACUCUCACCGUCCAAUCAGUGCGACGACUUUUCUUCCAUCCUCUCUCCAAAUAUCCGGGGCCUCCUCUUGCUGCGAUGACCUUGUGGUACAAGGCAUAUUUUGACAUAGUCAUGGAUGGCGGUUGGGCCGAACAUUUGGAAUACCUUCACGAAGUUUACGGUAGUUCUAUCUUGAGGGUUGCGCCUAAUGAGCUUCACUUCAGUGACCCCCGUGCCUACAACGAAAUAUAUGGGAUGGGAACAAGACACGUAAAACAACCUGCCCUCUACGCGUGUUUUUCGACCGAUCUUUCAGUUUUCGCAAUGUCUGACCACCAUGAAGCAACCCAAAGGAGAACCCUUAUCGGCCCUUUCUUUUCUAGGCGUUCAAUUUUAAACUUGGAAAACGCUGUACAGUCGAAGAUUGAACUACUCAUUUCUCGACUGCUGGAAUAUCAACACACCAAGGAAUCUGCCGACCUCAGUUUGGCUUUCCGUUCCACCACCCUCGAAAUUAUUACUUCCUACUGCUUCGGUCGAUCGUCAAACGCAUUAGAUUCUCGCCAUUUUCAAAAUGGCAUUCUCACCGCUAUGGAUCAAACAUUACCGAUGAUUUGGGUCUUUAAACAUUUCCCCAUUAUCAAAUACGUGCUCUUGCGAGUUCCCGAAUCAUGGGCGUCCAUCUUAAAGCCCAGUACGACGGGUAUCCUGGAGCAGAAGAGACAGAUGGGAGUCCAGAUCGACGACAUCCUUAGAGAUCCUUCUUCGUUGAAACAUGCUGACCAUGAAACGAUUUACCAUCAUUUCCUAACACCGCAACCGGAGAACCAGCGCAUGCCACCAAUAGAACGGGAGUGGCUUCUCGAUGAGGGCCUCUACCUGCGCUUUGCUGGAAGCGAUACUGUCGGAAACACCUGCACUGUCGCCACUUACCACAUUCUUAGCAACAAACACGUCCAGGAUCGCCUUGCCCAGGAAGUCAAGGAUGCAUGGCCGGAGAAAGAUGCCCCAGCAAGCUACGAGACACUCGAGAAGCUACCAUAUCUGACAGCCGUUAUUAAGGAGUCCCUGCGAAUGGCACAUGGAGUAGUGACGCCCCUCGCUAGGAUCGUCGGUCCCACGGACGUAGAGAUUGCUGGAGCCGUGAUCCCAGCUGGCACGGUUGUUUCUCAGGGCGCCACAAUGGUGCACCGCAACCCAGAGAUAUUCCCCGAACCAACUGUUUUUGACCCGGAGAGAUGGCUACAAGAGGAUUCUCCUGAUCUCGACAAAUACCUUGUAGCGUUUUCCAAGGGGCCACGCAGUUGUUUGGGCAUCAACCUCGCUUGGUGUGAACUUUAUCUUAUUAUUGGCACCGUCUUCCGGAAAUUGGAUCUGACUCCCGACAACGCGACGAUUGACAGCAUUAGCUUUCGGGAAUACUUUGUAACCGUACAUAGAGGAAGGCAUUUUCAUGCCUUCGUCAAGCCGACAGUUGAUUGA